AUGCCUGCUUCUCUGUCGCUGCUCCUCUUUCUUUCACCACCACCAUGUAUGUCUGACGUUAGCCAGACACAGGCCCAGUCCGCGUCCACCGCGACGUUCGUGACUGCCCUUGUAUUCAACGCCGCUGUCUUUGCCGCAGAGUUGGGGGUCUUCACCCUCAUACGUCCAUACUUCAAGUCUAUCUAUGAACCAAGAACAUACGUGCCCCCAUCGGGCAAGCGGAUCGGCCCUCUGUCCCGCAACAGAUUCCUGUGGCCACUCGCUGUUUUCCGUGCAGACUAUCGCGCUAUCAUUUCUGCCAACGGGCUAGAUGCAUACUUCUUCGUGCGCUUUCUGCGCGUCAUGGCUAUCACAUUCCUUCCCAUCUGGUUGCUUUCCUGGGUCGUCCUUCUUCCUCUCACGUCCGUGAAUACUUCUGUGCCUGGUUUCACCGGCCUGAACAGGUUCAUCUACGGAAAUGUGGCUCCCGACAAGUCGGCACGCUACGCUGGGCAUUUGAUUUUGGCCUGGAUUUUCACUUUCUGGAUUCUGUAUAUCAUCAAACGCGAGAUGCAGCAUUUCAUUGUUACUCGUCAACAACACCUGAUCGAGCGUACACACGUCAAAUCCGUUCAAGCUAGAACCAUCCUCAUUACGGGGAUACCAAAACGCUACCUCAACCAAGACGCUCUCUACAAACUAUUCAAUUCCCUUCCCGGUGGAGUCCAAAAAAUAUGGAUUAACAGAAAUCUAAAAGAUCUCCCCGACAUCUACGAUCGACGCACUGCUGCAACAAACAAACUCGAAGCCGCAGAAACUGCCCUCCUCCGCACUGCAGCCAAGCUCCGUCUCAAAGCAGAGAAGAAGGCCAAGAAAGGAUCAAAAGCCAACGCGGACGUCGAAGCUUCAGUUGCAACUGCCGAGCAGGAAGUCCCCGAAUCGGAGCGUCCUACUCACAGAUUGGGUAUGAUCCCUUUCUUUGGUGAGAAGGUAGACACCAUCAACUGGGCGCGUAAGGAGAUCGCGGAGUGCACCAGACUGCUGGAUGAGGGACGUGCGAAGAUUAAUGAGAGUGAAGAGCGAGGGAGGUCGUCUCCUAGUAUCGGUGAGGCUGAUGGUGAUGUACAAUUGGAGGGUGCGGCACUCGAUGCGGAUGGGAACCCAAGGUUGCAGAGCGAGUCGCGUCAUGGAAAUUUGUUGAACCCUGUCAACGUUGGUAGACAGGCUGUAGGUGCUGUUGGGGAUGUGGCGAAGGGGACGGUCAGUGGAGUGACGAAGGGCGCGGGAGCUAUCAAGGGACGCGUUGUCGGAGACAAGAUUCCGGAGGGAGAGUACCCCCCACUCAACAGUGCAUUUGUCACGUUCAAUAAACAGGUCUCGGCGCAUCUGGCUGUCCAAGUGUUGGCUCACCACGAACCAUACCGCAUGAGCAAUCGAUAUAUUGAAGUCGCUCCCGCUGAUGUCAUUUGGGGUAACCUUAAUUUGAAUCCAUACGAGCAAAAGAUCCGUAUUGCUAUUAGCUACGCGGCAACCGCGGGUCUGAUCAUCUUCUGGGCUAUCCCAGUGGCGUUUGUCGGUAUCGUUUCGAACAUUUAUACCGUUUGCUCCACGGCCAAGUUCUUAUCCUGGAUUUGCGAUCUGCCAAAAGUGGUAGUUGGAAUCAUCUCCGGUAUUCUACCUCCCGUACUGUUGGCGAUCCUUAUGAUGCUUCUCCCCAUCGUUCUACGAUUGUUGGCGCGCUUUGAGGGAAUCCCGAAGUAUACCGGUCUAGAGCUGUCGUUGAUGACCAGAUUCUUCAUUUUCCAAGUUAUCCACUCUUUCCUGAUCGUUACGGUUGCGUCUGGAAUUAUGGCUUCAUUGAAGCAGCUCAUCAAUAACCCAACAUCUGUACCGUCUAUCUUAGCACAGAAUCUGCCACAGGCAUCCACUUUCUUCCUAACCUACAUUGUGUUACAAGGUCUUUCUGGUGUUGCUGGAGGAUUCCUCCAAAUCGUUCCUUUAAUCAUCUACUAUGUCAAACUAUUCAUCUUGGGAUCGACUCCUCGGUCUGUUUGGGGUAUCAAGUAUAACCUUAGAAAUCUGGAUUGGGGUACAGCAUUCCCUGAAAUGACUCUUUUGGUUGUGAUUGCUCUGGCCUACUCCGUCAUCGCCCCUAUCAUCAACGGGUUCGCGUGUGCGACCUUUUUCAUGUUCUAUCAACUCUACAAAUACUUGUUCUUGUAUGCGUAUCAGCAGCCUACGACUACAGACACGGGAGGAUUGUUCUAUCCUAAAGCGCUACAGCAUAUCUUUGUUGGACUUUAUGUCGAACAGAUCUGUCUCUGUGCAUUGUUCUUCCUUGCGCAGAAUGAAAAUCGCCAUCCGAGUGCGAUUCCAGAGGGCGCGUUGAUGGUUGUCCUCAUUGUUAUCACCGCCGGGUUCCAUAUCAUCAUCAAUAACUCCUACGGUCCUCUCCUUUCCGCUCUGCCUCUGAGUUUGCAAGACCGCACACUCACCGCCACCGUCAUCGAGGCUCAGCCCAGCGGCACAGCCGGCCCAUCCUCCGACGCGUCCGCUGUCAACGUCGAAAGCCGACAAAGCACAGACAAGAAAGAUUCGUCUGAAGAACGGCUGACGAAAGAUAGAGAAGCGGCGGAUACGGCUGCUGCGGAGGAAGAGGAGGAGUCGUAUGGGUUCGCGCAGCCUGCUGCGUCGAGGCCGCAGAGGACGGUGUGGAUACCUAGAGAUGCGUUGGGGUUGUGGAGGGAGGAGGAGAGGGGGUGUGAGCAGGCGGGAGUUAGGGUUUCGGAAAGGCAUGCGGUUAUGGAUGAGAAGGGCAAAGUGGAUGUGGAUGGGGGUCCGCCGGAUUUGCUGCAGUGA